CCCGCCGCUGGAUGCCGGCGGCCGGCGGCCGAGCUCCCAGAGGCGGAGGGCGGCGGCGCGGGCGGCGGCGGCGGGGGCGGCCGGCGGCCGAGAGGCGGGAGCGCGGGCCCGAGCGCUAGUGCCGCCAUGCCCAGCUCCACCGGGCAGCCCGACGGCGGCGGAGGCAAGCGCAGCGGCGGACCCGGGGCGGCGGUCGGCGGGGACCCCAGCCCGGGCCCCCCGCCGCCGCCGCCGCCGCCGCCGCCGCCGCCGCCCGAGGGCGCCGAGGAGGCCGCGCCCGCGCCCCGGCCGCCACCCGAGCCCGACGACGCGGCCGCCGCGCUGCGCUUGGCCCUGGACCAGCUCUCGGGGCUCGGUCUGGGGGGCGCGGGCGACCAGGACGAGGAGGGGGCGGCCGCGGGCGGCAGGGACGGAGCGGUGGCGGCGGCGGGAGGCUCAGACUGCGGGGCCGCGGCGGAGCCCGCGCCCCCCGACGGGCCCGAGGCGGGCGCGCCCGGGGUGGCCGUGGCCCCCGGCCCGCUGCCGCUGCUGGAGCCCGACGUGAGCCCCCCGCCGCCGCCUCGGCCGUCGCCGCCCGACGUGUUCGCGGGCUUCGCGCCCCACCCCGCGGCCCUGGGUCCCCCGACGCUGCUGGCCGAGCAGAUGAGCGUAAUCGGCAGCCGCAAGAAGAGCGUGAACAUGACCGAGUGCGUGCCUGUGCCCAGCUCCGAGCACGUCGCCGAGAUCGUGGGUCGCCAGGGGUGCAAGAUCAAGGCUCUGCGCGCCAAGACGAACACGUACAUCAAGACGCCGGUGCGUGGGGAGGAGCCGGUCUUUAUCGUGACCGGCCGCAAGGAGGACGUGGAGAUGGCCAAGCGUGAGAUCCUGUCGGCCGCCGAGCACUUCUCCGUGAUCCGCGCCACGCGCAGCAAGGCCGGCGGGCUGCCCGGUACCGCGCAGGGUCCGCCCAACCUGCCGGGACAGACCACCAUCCAGGUGCGCGUGCCCUACCGCGUGGUGGGUCUGGUGGUGGGCCCCAAGGGCGCCACCAUCAAGCGCAUCCAGCAACGGACGCACACGUACAUCGUGACGCCCGGGCGCGACAAGGAGCCGGUGUUCGCUGUGACGGGCAUGCCCGAGAACGUGGACCGGGCGCGCGAGGAGAUCGAGGCCCACAUCACGCUGCGUACGGGCGCCUUCACCGACACCGGCCCCGACAGCGACUUCCACUCCAACGGCACCGACGUCUGCCUGGACCUGCUCGGGGCAGCUGCGGGCCUCUGGGCCAAGGCUCCCAACCCGGGCCGCCGGCCCCCCGCGCCCACAGCCGGCCUCCGGGGGGACGCUGCUCUGGCCACCCCGGGGGGCCCCGAGGCCUUCUACGCGGGCGGCCGAGGGGGGCCGACCAUGCCGGUGCCGGUGCCGGACGCGGACCCCACCAGCCCCUACGGCGCCUCGGGCAACGGAGGCUUCACCUUCGGUGGGGACGGUCCGGGGGCCCCCGCGGGGCCACCCGCCCCGGAGGACUGCGACUUCGGCUUCGACUUCCUGGCGCUGGACCUGACCGUGCCCACCGCGGCCACCAUCUGGGCGCCCUUUGAGCGGGCCCCGCCCCUGCCCGCCUUCAGCGGCUGCGCGGCGGUCAACGGGGCCCCCGCACCGCCCGCCCCGGGCGCCCGACGCAGCAGCGGGGCCGGCACACCGCGCCACUCGCCCACGCUGCCCGAGCCCGGCGGCCUGAGCCUGGAGCUCUCUCUGGCCCGCCGCGCUGCGCCCGACCCGGUGGGCGCCCUGCCCUGGCGGCCCCCGCAGGGCUCCCUGGCGUCCUUCUCGAGCAGCGCCAGCUUCUCCACGGCCACCUCGCUGCCCAGCAGCUCCUCGGCCUCCUCGUGCUCCGCGCUGGACUCGAGCGCCUCAGAGAGCGCCCGCAAGCCCCAGGCGGCCCCGGCCCCCAACGCCCCCGCCUCCGCGGCCCUGGCGCGGGAGUGCGUUGUGUGUGCUGAGGGCGAGGUGAUGGCCGCGCUGGUGCCCUGCGGCCACAACCUCUUCUGCAUGGACUGCGCCGUCCGCAUCUGCGGCAAGAGCGAGCCCGAGUGCCCGGCCUGCCGCACGCCUGCCACCCAGGCCAUUCAUAUCUUUUCUUAGCCGGUCACCUCGCCGCGCCCGCGGCCCCCAGGGCCGUCCACGGACGCGGGGUGGGUGCGCAGGGCCGGGUGGGGAGGAAGGGGAGGGUGGGGGCGGGGAGCGGCGGGCAGCGGGCCGCGUGGCCAGUGUUUACAGACGAGCUUUAACUCCGGUCCCAAGCGUGGAGACGGCGACCCGGCGGCCCAGCGACACCUCAGUUCUUAACAAAUGACAGUAUUGAGUCGACAGGUUAAAAUAAACCAGAGAGAAAAGGCCUGCUUGCACUUUUUAUUUAAGACACCCCCCCUCCCCAGGGUGAUCUUUUUAAGGAAAAAAAACCACGAUUUUUACAACUCUCCCGGUUGUCCUUUUGUACGUAGCUGAUAUCGAUUUGAAAGUGUUUGUUUUCCCACGGCCUCAACCUCUGCAGAAACUUCCAGGAGGACGGCUCCCUUUUUGGGGCCAACUGGUUACCCUUUAGUAUGUAAGCCGCGCGCAGGCUGGAGGGGGGCGGGGGGAGGGGGCGUCCAGAACUUUCUUUUUUUUUUUUUUUUUAAUUAUUAAUCCCUUUCUGCUGUGGUUUCUGUUGACCGUUUUUUAAUUUUUUUGUUUUUUUAAACUUUUACUUUUUACCUCUUGUGUAUAUGUAGGGAAUUUAUAGGGAAAUAUGUACUUUAUGGAAUAAAUUUUAAGAAAACUAAAAUAUAUUUUAUUUUAAAUAAAGUAACGGACCUUUAAUCUUACACAGCUAAAUUACUGAUUAUAUAUUUGCUGAGCUGACCUAAGGGUUCAGAAAAUUGUAUCAAGAGUUUUAUUUUUUGACUUCAAAGCCUUCUUAAUAAAGUCUUUUUACUACACGUGA